AUGACCUCCUACACUUCCAUGGGCAUGCUAGCCCUAGCAGCAAUGCAGCUGGUCACCGGCGCCGUCGCCGACCUCAAAACCUGCCCCUCCAGCAGCCCGCUCAGCUGCCAGGCCUCCUCACAGGCAUCGUGCUGCUUCAACUCGCCGGGCGGUGCUCUGCUGCAGACGCAGUUCUGGGACACGGACCCGGCAACAGGGCCAUCGGACUCGUGGACGAUCCACGGGCUGUGGCCAGAUAACUGCGACGGCACCUACGAAUCCAGCUGCGACUCGUCCCGCGCCUACACCAACAUCACCGACAUCCUCAAGGCGCAGGGCCGCGACGACCUGCUGUCGUACAUGCAACAGUACUGGGUCGACAUCAACGGCGACGACGAGUCCUUCUGGGCGCACGAGUGGGGCAAGCACGGCACCUGCAUCAACACCAUCGAUCCGGACUGCUACUCGGAUUAUUCGCCGCAGCAGGAAGUCGGCGAUUUCUUCCAGAAGGUCGUGGAUUUGUUCAAAGGGCUUGAUACUUACAAGGCCCUCUCCGACGCUGGCAUCAAACCCUCCUCGUCCAAAACCUACAGCCGCAGCGACAUCGAAGCCGCGCUGUCUAAGCUGCAUGGUGCUGAGGCGUACAUUGGCUGCAAGAGUGGCAAGCUGAACCAGGUCUGGUAUUUCUUUAAUGUGCGCGGGAAUGCCAUUGAUGGCAAAUACCAGGCCACCAGGCCGCUCUCUGACUCGAGCUGUCCCAAGAGUGGGAUUAAGUACGUGGCCAAGAGUGGUAACUAG